GGCUUCCCGGAAGCAGGCGCGGGCCGGGCUGGGUGCCGGGGCCGAGCGCCGCGCUGGGGUUGCGGGUACCGCCGGCGCGGAGUUGCGCGGCGGGAUGAGCCUUGCGGAGUGAGGGGAGUCCCUGCCCGCACUCCUGCCCUCUCCGCUCCUCUCUUUUCUCGGCUCCGCCCGGCUCCGCUCUGGCUUCAGGCCCCUUCUCUCUGCGCUGCGGCGGGCGGAGGCGGCGGAAGGAAAAGCCCAUGGAGGGGAACCGGGACGAGGCCGAGAAGUGCAUCGGGAUCGCGCGGGAGGCGCUGGAGGCCGGCAACCGUGACCGUGCUCUCCGCUUCCUCGGCAAGGCCCAGAAGCUGUACCCGACUGAGACUGCCCGAGGAUGGAUGUUGCUGGUAAAUAACCUGAAGGAAGUUUUGUUGGAAGCUAUUACAAAGAAUGGAAGUACUGCUGGGGGAGGCGCUUACUGCCAAAAACCAGCCAGUAGCAAUGAUCAAAGUAAGCCCAGUAACACGAAGGAGAACAAUGCAUCUGCAGCAGGAGAAAGUGGAAAAAGCUAUACUGCAGACCAAAUGGAAGGAGUAUACAGUAUAAAGAAAUGUAAAAACUAUUAUGAAGUCCUUGGGGUGUCAAAGGAUGCGGGUGAAGAAGACCUAAAGAAGGCUUAUAGAAAACUUGCUUUGAAAUUCCACCCAGACAAAAACGAUGCACCUGGAGCAACAGAGGCUUUUAAAAAAAUUGGAAACGCGUAUGCUGUGCUGAGUAAUCCAGAAAAGCGAAAGCAGUAUGACCUUACAGGCAGUGAAGAGCAAACAUGCAGUCACCCUAGCAACGGCAGAUUCAACUUCCAUAGAGGUUGUGAGGCAGAUAUUACCCCAGAGGAUCUAUUCAACAUGUUUUUUGGAGGGGCCUUUCCAACAGGUAGUGUACAUUCAUUUUCUAAUGGUCGUGCUGGCUACAGUCAUCCUAAUCAGCACCGUCAGAGUGGACAUGAGAGGGAGGAAGAGAGGGGUGAUGGAGGUUUCUCUAUGUUCAUUCAGCUGAUGCCUAUUAUUGUACUGAUCCUUGUCUCCUUGUUGAGCCAGUUGAUGGUAUCUAACCCUCCUUAUGCCUUAUACCCAAGAUCAAGUACAGGGCAGACCAUAAAAAUGCAGACGGAAAACUUGCGUGUCAUUUAUUAUGUCAACAAGGACUUUAAAAAUGAAUACAAAGGAGAGUCAUUACAGAAAGUGGAAAAGAGUGUGGAAGAGGAUUAUGUGUCCAAUAUUCGUAAUAACUGUUGGAAGGAGAGGCAACAAAAAACAGACUUACUUUAUGCAGCAAAAGUGUAUCGAGAUGACCGUCUCCGAAGGAAAGCAGAUUCCAUGUCCAUGGACAACUGCAAAGAACUAGAACGGCUGACCAGCCUCUAUCGAGGAGGAUGAACUACACUUAUCCGCAUCCAUCUUUAUGUAUGCCAUUCUGUCUCUUGUAAAUUAAGAAGAGAUUAGUUUCACCAUGAAUACUGGAAAAGAGGGGUGGAUGUAAAACUCUACUGUGUAGCUGUUUCCAGAAACCUUAUGCUGAAAUAUCAUUUAAUGGCUUCUUUACCUACUGUGAAAUAUAGGUAACUUUAAUUGUCUAGAUUUUACUUCCAAGCUUCUGUGAAUUCUUUCAGCAGAGAGAAUAGCUCAGAAAGGAUGCUAUACUUGUAGAGACUUAGUCAUAGUGGUUCUCCUCUAACAUAUUUGCCAUGUAAAUAUCUGUGGAAAGAACACUUUGUGUAUAUACGAGUUAAAUGACUUUCUAUUUAAAAAUCUCAGAAAUUUAGUUCCAUACAACAUUUUGUCUCAUUGAUGGAAUAAAUAGUAUGAUUACAUUACUCCUAUUCAGAUGUCAAGUGUGGAGUUGAAACAAGAAUUUUUAAUAUUUUAUCUCUAUGUAAAAUCUUCUAGGUUUACCAGCUUAGAGGAACUUGGUAUUUUUAAAUAUAAUGGCAUAUAUUCCUAAAUAUCUGUUGGGGUACAUUGAUCUGGUGUAGAGUAGCAGUUAGCUGUUGUAGUUUUUUAGCGUUUCUAAGCAAUGCUGAGAAACCUAAGAACUACGCUGAUCUCUUUUUCCAAGUAAAUAUUUGCAAACGCUGUACAGGCCAUUAUAAGCAUUGCUUUUAGUACUUGCAGCAGUUUACAGCAGCUCUACCAUUUGGUAUUCCAGUAGUAGUAAAUCCAUGCGUAUGGUUAACAUGCAUCCAUAGCUUCCUGAAUUUUCACUGGAAAGGCAGAGGAAAACAUGCAAUAGUAAAAUCUUAAAGCUAAAAAAAAAAUUAGAAAAAGGCAACCUUUUUUUUUUUUUUUUUUCCUGUCAGGCUUCCAUUUUCUUACUCUUUUUUUAUUUCAAGCUAGGUCCCAACACUGAUUCCUCAAUGGGUACCACAGGUAGAACAGGGAAACAUUGCUAAGGACAAACUAUGUGCCUUUCAACACUUCCGCCAACUAUUUAAAUGCUUUGCUAGCUUGCAGUAGGCUCCUAUGGUCAGAGCCAUAUCGCUUGUCCCAGGGCAGAAGAGGUAGAGUAUGCAUUUUUCUGGACCAGAAUGUUGCUGGACAGAUUUCCUAGAUGUGAGCAAACAUGCCAUCUGGUCUGUACGUGGGAACUAUAUGUAGCCACACCUGCCGAUGCAAAGAGGUGUUUUGAAGCAGCUAAGUACAAUGUACUUGAAGUUUAUCAAAAGCACGUUGAAACUGUUUUUAGGUUCAGUAGCUGAUGUGUUUACAUUUUAACAGGGCUGUGCAGGCGAAUCUUUCUUGUAUUUGAGAAUGCCAGGUGGCUCCUAAUAAGGGCAGUAUUUUUUGUCUGAGAAAACUGCUAUGUUUGAGCAAUGCUAUCAGUUAAUGUGGAGCCAAGUUCUUCUGAACUGAAUGUUUAAAUACUUGACUGCCUUCAUUGGAAUUCCUCCUGAUCCAGAGCAGGACUUGACUUUAGAGAUACACUAAAUGCUAUUGCUCUGAGUGACCCAGAAAUCAUUUUGCAUUAUAUACCUUUUCUAAGCUGUCCCACUGGAAAUGUUGGUGUAAAAUGAGAGGGACUAGCUGCAGGCUUCUAAGUAAGCAGCUAAACCAGCAUUCAGGGUAGACAUGAAAGCCUGAGGUACAAAGCAGAACUAACAGCUGCUGAAACAAAUGGGAAAAUAAAAGGGUUGCUGUACUGGAUGUCCUUACUAAGAUCGUAGGAAAACCAUGCAGAAGUAAUGGAAAGGCACCCAUGUGUUUGAAGUCUGCAAUAGAAAUUUAUGGAGAAAACAUGAUUCCCCAGAUUUUGUAACUGUCCAGAAUGUACUGUAAUUAUACUAAUGAAAACAAACUAUCAAAGUACGUACUGGUACUCCUGUGUCUUCUUAAUAGAAGAAAAUUGUUCCAAAGGCUUUAAUAAGUAGUUGCGCCUUCCCAUUCACAGAUGAGUGUGAGCUUGCAGAGUGAUCUUUUAGUUCAGAUGCCACACACACAUCAAAUAUCAGAACAGUGAAGUCAGAGUGAAAAGAUGCUGUUAGCAUCGUAUAGUAAUCAGGUGGGUUAUGUCUGCCCUGCUCCUGCAGCAGCUGAGAAGCAGGUAAAUGGACGAAUAUUUUGGGCUGUGUUAGGGUGGCUAGAUUGCUAUCAGUAGGUACCUCAGCAAAGCAGAAUCAUGCAGUGGCUGUGGCAGCACAGGUGUCCCAGUAGUUUAAAAGCAAGACCUGGGUGGCUACAUCUCACUGGAUUAUCGACUGCAAUUGCCAUUUUCAGGGAAGUUACUUAGUAUUUAAAAGAUUGAACGGUGGCACACUUUGAAAUAUGCAGUGACAUGUAGAAGGAUGCUGUUAUUUCCCAUAGCAUAACAUUUAACCUGCUCUAAAUGUGGUCUGCAAAUGUUCCUUCAAUAUUCCACGUAGCUGUUUCUGUCCUCAUGAUUGCUACUGUUUUCUCAAGUCUGAAGGAUUUUUUCUUUAGAAAAGGAAAAAGGAGGAAUCUGCUGGAAAUUUCAGAAUGGAUUUUCUUACGAACAAGAUGCCAACAGAAGAGAGUGGAGUACUUGGGUAUUUGCAUUUGACCUUUCUUCAGAAGAUGUUCUCAUUGAACUAAGGUAUCAUAAAGAAAGGGAAAAAACAAACUGGUUUUGAAUGGCUUGACUAAAAAUCCCUGAACUUUUCUAGCUACCAAGAAUUAACUCCUUACUCUACUUACACAUUACCUGUAUAUUGAAUCUAGAAUUAAAAAUAGGACAUGCAUGGGUUUUUGAUUUCUCCUCUACAAGGGCAAGCAGGAAGGUCCUGCAGAAAGUGAAAACUUUUGACAUGACUCUGACAUGUCAUACCCUAAUGAGAAAGGGAGAUUAUAGCGAUCAGUCUGUGUUCUAUUUAUGGAGCAUCCUGAGUCACAAGUGUGUUCAGUGUUCACAUCUGAUGAACAUUUCCCUACAAGUUCUCUAACUGUUCAGGUAAAACAAGAUUAAAUUUAAUUUUACUUUUUUUUUUUUUAACCUUUUUUUAGUCUUGAUUCUUUUACAAGUUUGCAAGAAAAGUAGAACACUAUAGCACUAAAAUGUAAUAGAUGCAUUUAAAUAGGCAGCAGAGACAACUUUAAAUUAUGUACAUUUUUAAUGUAAUUUUGUAAUGAAUGCUGUAAAAGGAUUAAAAUGAGAGGGCAAGAA